AUGCUGGAUUUCUAUGUCUUCACAGAUUGGAGUGCAACAUUGAAAAGCGAGGAAAUAAAAAGAAAUUUCUCAUUUAUGUAUGAGGACAAAAAUGGGCGAUUGAUAUUUCAUGCAAGAUAUGGAAACUGUUACGAAGGUUCAAAUCCAAAUACAGCUCAUGCUGCAUACUUUAUGCUGGUUGAUGAAGAGUUCAGACAAGCUGUUAAGUUCCUAAGAGAUCGUAUGGGAGAAAAUAUUACUAUGUGUAUGAACAAACAACCUGGCUUGCAGUAUGUCAACAAGUCAUGGUAGGAAAACAGCACUCAAGACACAGGAAUUGAUCAACUUCUUUAAUUUUUAUUGCUCGACGGGUAGCAUAAUAAAUUGCAGAUCUAUCUAUGCCAGUUGUACAAAGUCGACAUGGACGUACCACAUGAAAUUUCGCUUGCACAAGACAUCAUAAAUGCUCAACUGGGCCUGAAAACCUUGCUUUCUUCUGGUAUUGAAUUUAUUGCUAUAUCACAAGAAAGUUGGACGAAACUUGCUGAAUUUGCCGACAUUGAAUUACCAAAAUACGACAAAAGCUAGAUAAACAUAUCGACAACUUCCUUUCGAGAACACUGCUGUACAGGUUUGCAAACGGUCAGAAUAUUUUUUAGAUCGAUCUAUGAGUGGCACUGAACUGAACUAUAGAAAUAUGUACCCAAUGGGGCUAUGUAUGUAAACGAUGUAAAGUUAAGAAAGGAAACUUUGAUAUCAGAGUACAUCAGUAACAUACCAUAAAGGACCGAGGGUUAGACAAAGUCCCUGUUUUAAACGCUUAGUAUAGUCAAGAUUCAAUUAGUUAACCAAGUCAAUAAAACCGAAUCAUCCACAUGUUAAUUAUCUUCACUGAUGCAGUUUGCCAAAAAGAGAACGGUGUUCCUAGUGACGGACGAUUGAAAGAAUCAUUUUUCUGUAAUAACUGCAGAAUCGAGUGGGAGAGGAUCUUUGUUUAGAUUUAAGGUAUUCCACGUGUGUUUCAUAAAAAGUGAAAAAGUUUAAAUGAAAAUAACGCCAAACUUUGAAGUAAUAUAUCAAACAUGAGACGCAGUGUUUCAUCACCAGAUGAAACACCGAGAAGAGAGUUGAAAAUACGACGCGCAGCGGAGUAUUUUUGACGAACUUCGAGGUGUUUCAUCUGGUGAUGAAACACUGUGUCGAAUGUUUGAUAUUUCUUCUCAAACAAAAUCAUUUUUGAAGGAGAAAUUAAGGAUGCAAAUACUGAGCAGUUUUUCAUCCGAUUUCCAAACACUCAUUAAACAUUAAUUUUCUUUGUAUUUUCUUUAUGAAUUAUUAAUGAGUUUGAGAAGUGUUAAUGCCAUUAAAUUCAUACACUUUCUGCAGUGCAAUUUCAUCACAUGGAAUUAAACUCACUGUAAAUCUUUGCCAGUUGUCCAGAGUUGAUGUUAACAUGCAGCCCCCUUCGCCCUCUCUAAACAACGAUAUUCAGAAUGCUCGCCAAGGGAUGCAAAUGAUGAUGUCUGCUGGUAUUGAGCUCAAAGCUAUGAAUGAAGAAAGCUGGCGAAAACUUGCAGGCUAUGCAAACAUCAUAUUGCCUGAGUACAUUGAUGGUGACCGGCAAAAGUUAGAUCAACAUAUUGAGGAGUUUCUCCAGGGUAUAAAG